AGACAGAGCAGCAUAUUCCUGCCAGAGCUUGUCCUGGUUCUGACGGUAGCUGUGUGGCCCAGUCCAUAACGGACCUGCAGUCAUGGAUGAUGUAUAUAAAGCAGCGGUAGAGAACUUGACAGAGGAGCAGAAAAAUGAAUUCAAGGCCGCCUUUGACAUCUUCAUUCAGGAUGCCGAAGAUGGCUGCAUCAGCACAAAAGAGCUGGGGAAGGUGAUGAGAAUGCUCGGGCAGAAUCCAACCCCCGAGGAGUUGCAGGAGAUGAUCGAUGAGGUGGAUGAGGAUGGUAGUGGCACGGUAGAUUUCGAUGAGUUCUUGGUUAUGAUGGUCCGAUGCAUGAAGGAGGAGAGCAAAGGGAAAUCAGAAGAGGAGUUGGCUGAACUUUUUCGAAUGUUUGACAAGAAUGGAGAUGGCUACAUUGACCUGGAAGAACUGAAGAGCAUGCUGGAAUCCACCGGAGAACCCAUCACUGAAGAUGAUAUCGAGGAGCUGAUGAAAGACGGAGACAAAAACAACGAUGGAAAGAUUGAUUAUGAUGAGUUUCUGGAGUUCAUGAAAGGUGUUGAAUAAAGAAAAGCUCUGGAGGGACCUCACUUCAUGCAACCCUUCACUUCCUUUUUCAAUGUCAUCAAAGUUCAUUCCUGAAGACAUGUUCCCCCCGUACCUUUACAAACAUGUUGAUAUCUGAUAGCAGUAUUAAAUCAAAGUGCCAUAUAAAAAGACUGUUUUCAAUAAAAUUAUUUCUAUGAUGA